UGCAGUUUUACACAGGGGGGUGUGAUUUCAAAGAUCAGUUCAGUAAAGUUUCAAUCCAAACUAGUUCCAAUGUACAAUCCAGAGAGGAAUAUUGUCCCACUGUAGAACCAUCGCCGACUCUGGGAUGUGGUCCGAGACUGGUGAGUACAGGAGGUGGGGCUAGGCUUGAGCGGUCAGGCCUGGGGCCGAGACGGACCACCAGGAAUGGGUUCCGGGCCCGAGGCACUUUCAGUCCAUCAGGUCCCUGCCCACGAUCAGAAUGUAGUGCGACACUAGUCUCCCCAGUCAGGGCUUGAAGGAGGAGAGCAGCCCUCCGCCGACGCCGGGGAUCAAACCCGGCCCGAGGCCCGAGGCGCGGGCUAGUUGCGCACGUGAACGGGGGUCGUUGCCACGCACGCGCGCUGCGUGCGGGACCACGUGACCGCCGUUGUCAGGGUGACGAGAGGAACGCCAUGCCGCUGAGCUGCCCCCGGGAGGAGACCGCGGAGGGGCCGCCCGUCAACCCACUGGGGCCGGAGCCGCUGAAGGGGAGCGGCCCCGGCCCAGGCCCAAGCCCAAGCAGCUGUCACCGCGAGCAGCAGAGGCUGACACAGAUUCCAUUCUGGGAUUUCCAUGGCCACACUCAGCAGGUGAGCUCCUGUAUGUUCUGCUUCAGUGACACGAGGUUUCUCACAUCUUCCUUUGAUGAAACUGCAAUCCUCUGGGACGUGUCAACUGGAGCUCACAUCUCUGUCUUUGGGCUGCAUUCUGCCCCAGUCACCCAGUGCUGCAUGAGUCCCGACAACGAAAGACUGUUCACUUGCUCCUGGGACAAGUCAUUGAAGUGCUGGGAUGUCAAAACCGGAAAAGUUCUGUGGGCCGUUGUUCACUGCCGACCCCUGACCUGCUGUGAUAUUUCCUGUGAUGGAAAACACGUUGUGUGUGGGAGCGACAUUGACAAUGCAGUCUACGUGAGAGCAGCCGAAUCCGGGAGUUCUGUCCUCAGUCUGAAAGAUCAGCACCGCAGUACUGUGACCAGGUGUCGGUUCAGUCCUGAUGGACAACGCAUAGCCUCCACGUCCUGUGACCGCACGGUUCGGAUCUGGGACAUGCUGGCAAACAGAAACACUAUGGCUCUGGAGAGGUUUUGCCAGGAUACUGACUCACCAGCAGUUGGACCUUCCAGACACAGGCACAGUAACGUGGUGUCAGAUUGCUGCUUCACCCCGCUGGGAAGCACAUUGCUCACGGCUUCCUGGGACAGGAUGUUGCUGAUUUGGGAUGUCUCAGUGGGACAGUUCCGCCUGCAGGGACCCCAGAGGCUUGUAGGUGGUCAUGAUGGCUGCAUCAGUUCCUGCGCGAUGUCCAGAGAUGCUAAUCUGAUUGUGGCUGGAUCCUAUGACCGAACUGUAUCUCUCUGGGACGCAACUGGCCUAUAUAGGAAGCUGGCCUUGAAGGAUCACAAUGAUUGGGUGAUGGAUGUAGCCAUCUCUGCCGACAACAAAAGGGUUCUGUCAGCCUGUAAGGACUCCACGGUGCGCUUAUGGAACAUUGAGAGUCUGGACCAGAUUCCAGCCGUCAAGUCCCAACGGAAGCUGUAUGGAGGAAAAGUUACACAGUGCACCGUGUGUGGGAAGCCAGUCUCCGUGUGCCUGCAGGACGUGGUCUCACCGACCCGCUGCAUGUUCUGCCAGCUGCCCUGGACAUCUGCACCCCCCACCAACACCUGCGUGACCUUUGACCCUGACCAUGUUCUGGAACCUUGGUUGCAGACCCAAGACUGAUGCCUACACAACAGAAGGGAUUGUAGGAGCCCUAAUGCACCAUUGUUAGUCAUGAGUGAAGCAGCCAGAGGUCUGAUGCUGUGCUGAAUUAAUUAAAUAACUACUUAAAUGCUUUAAUAAACUAACCACUUGUAUGUACAAGGUCCAUAUUCUAUUUUCUGCACCACAAUGUGUGGAAAGGCGGCCAGGGGAAAUAGUAGCGGUGGGUACAUUUAUGACCAUUAAAAACUAGUUGGACAGGUAAGAAGAUGAAAAGGAUUAGAGAGAACUGGGCCAGCCAAACACAGGAAAAUGGGACUUGCUCAGAUAGGCACCUUGGCUGACACGAUAAGGCUGUAUAAUCCUCACUCUAAGAGCUUUCUCUUUCUUCUCAGCAGGGUCUGGGGAUUAAAGAGAGUUGGGCCAGGGCAGUGGGAUGUGGGAAAUCGGGAUGUCGUCAAUGUUCCCAUAACCAUUAUGGAAAUCAUAUGUAGGCCUCCAAAUAGUACCCAAGAUGUGGGGGUUGAGAUUGCAAAGGGAGCUGGAAAAUGCAUGUAAUAGGGGUAAUGACACAAUUCUAAAAGGGGACUGGGAAAAUCAGGUUGGUGUCAGAGUGCAAGGGAGGGAUUUUGUUGAAUGUCUAUGAGAUGGCUUUUAAAGCAGCUUGUGCUUGAGCCUACUUGGGAAAAGGCUAUUGGGUGUCCGAAUCAGAAUCAGGUUUAUUAUCACUGGCAUGUGACCUGACAUUUGUUAGCUUAGCAGCAGCAGUUCAAUGCAAUACAUAAUCUAGCAGAGACAGAGAAAAAAAUAAUAAUAACUAAACAAGUAAAUCAAUUACGUAUAUUGAAUAGAUUUUUUUUUUAAAUGUGCAAAAACAGAAAUACUGUAUUUUUUUUUUAAAAUGUGAGGUCGCGUCCAAAGCUUCAAUGUCCAUUCAGGAAUCAGAUGGCAGAGGGGAAAAAGCUGUUCCUGAAUCGCUGAGUGUGUGCCUUCAGGCUUCUGUACCCUGAUGGUAACAGUGAGAAAAGGGCAUGCCCUGGGUGCUGAAGGUCCUUAAUAAUGGACACUAUCCAGAUCGUAUUAGUCAGCUUAAUAUAAAGGAACCCUUACAAAGCAGUGAUUAUAAUAUGAUUGAAUUCAUACUGCAGUUUGAGAGGGAGAAGCACAAGUCACAUGUAUCCGUAUCACAAUGGAAUAAAGGGAAUUCCAGAGGCAUGAGAGAGGAGCUUGCCCAGGUGGAUUGGAGGAGGAUACUGGUGGGGAUGACAGCAGAGCAGACAUAGCUGAAGUUUCAGGGAAUAGUUCACAAGGCGCAGGGUAGGUAUGUCCCACAGAGAAAGAGGUUCUCAAAUGGCAGGGGUAGGCAACCAUGGCUGACGAAGGAAGUUAAGGACUGCAUAAAAGCCAAGGUAGCAAAAGUGAGUGGGGCGUUGGAUGAUUGGGAGGCUUUUAAAUUCCAACAAAAGGCAACUAAAAAGCUAUAAGGAGGGAAAAAAUUAAAUAUGAGGGCAAACUAGCCAAUUAUAUAAAGCUGGAUACCAAAAAUGUUUUCAGUUAUAUAAAGAGUAAAAGGGAGGUGUGAGUUGAUAUUGAACCACUGAAAAAUGAUAUUGGUGAGGUAGUAAUGGGGGACAAAGAAAUGGCAGAUGAACUUAAUGAGUACUUUGCUUCAGUCUUCAUUAUGGAAGACACUAGCAGUGUGCCAGAGGUCCGUGAGUGUCAGGGAGAAGGAGUGCCAUUGCUAUUACAAAGGAAAAAGUGCAAGACAAACUCAAAGGUCUUAAGGUGAAUGUUGAAAGAUCUAGAUAAGGUGUAUGUGGAUGGGAUGUUUCUUAUGAUGGGGGUAUCCAGAACUAGAGGGCACAGCCUCAAAAUUGAGGGGCGACCUAUUAGAAUGGAGGUAGAGAGGAAUUUUUUUUAGCCAGACAGUAGUGCACCUGUGGAAUGCUCUGCCGCAGACUGUGGUGGAGGCCGAGUCCAUGGGUACAUUUAAGGCAGAAGUUGACAGUUUCCUGAUCAGUCAGAGUAUGAAAGGAUAUGACAAUAAGGCAGGUGUAUGGGGUUUAGUGGGAUCUAGAAUCAGCCAAGAUAGAAUCAAGGAGCAGACUUGAUGGGCUGAAUAGCCUAAUUCUGCUCCUAUGUCUUAUGGUCUCAUCUGUAGGUGCUGUCUGUUGUGUCCAGUGCCUUCAAUGUAGCCUCCUCUACACUGACGAGGUCUGAUGUAAAUUGAGGGACCGCUUUGUCGAGCACCUGUGUUCCAUCCGCCAGAAAGGAAAUUUCCUAGUUACCAACCAUUUUAAUUCCUAUCCCCAUUCCUUUUCUGACAUGUCAAUCCAUGGCCUCCUCUUUUGCCAUGAUGAGGCCACUCUCAGGGUGGAGCGGCAACACCUGAUAUUCCACUUAGGUGGCCUCCAACCUCGAAGGAUAGAUAAAGGGGAUGCAGUGGAUGUUGUACAUUUGGACUUUCAGAAGGCCUUUGUCAAGGUGCCACACAUGAGGCUGCUUACCAGGUUAAGAGCCCUUGGUAUUACAGAAAAAUUACUAACAUGGUUAGAGCAUCUGCUGAUUGGUAGGAGGUAGCGAGUGGGAAUAAAAGGGUCCUUUUCUGUUUGCCUGCCCGUGACUACUAGUGUUCAGCAGGGGUCGGGUCUUCGGGUGUAUUUAAGGCAGAGAUUGAUAGGGUCUUGAUUGGACUUGGCAUCAAAAGUUACGGAGAGAGGCCUGGAACUGGGCUUGAGGAGGAGGAGAGAAAGGAUCAGCCAUACUUGAAUGGCGGAGCAGACUCGAUGGCCAGAUGGCCUAAUUCUGCUCCGAUGUCAUAUGGUCUUAUGAUGGUGGAAACAUCGAUUUCCCCUUCCAGUAAUUUUUUCCCUCUGUUUCUCUUCCGUACUCUGGCCUCUUAUCUCUUCUCCUCACCUGCCUAUCAGCUUCCCCAAGGUCUCUUUCUCCCAUGGUCCACUCUCCUUUCCUAUCAAAUUUCUCUUCUCUGGACUUUUACCUUUUCACAUUGCGUUAUUAUGUGUGUACAUCAUAAAGAACUGCAGUUCCCAGUGUCAAUGUGGCCAGUUCACUCGGAACUAGAAGGAGUUUGCUGAACACGUGACACACACUGUUGGCGGGCUUGAAGUUCCAAGUAAAAUCUAAUUGAGCUUAAGUGAUGACUGUCUCCUGUUAAUAAAAUAGUUCUAGCAUUUUUACGUAUACACAUUUGUCUAUGUUAAAGAACAAACAUACAGGUAACGUGCUGUCAGAAGUCGGCGUGAGGUUUAAAUAUGAAGCAUAACUGAAUACCGUAAGUGACUAAGAAAGAGACACUAGGUUCUGAUGGAAAGGAAUUGCCGGCAAGAAAGUACAUUGUCUCAGAGUUCACCAAGGAACUGAGGUGAGAGCCUAAAAAUCCUCAGUGGAUAGCCUAAGUCCUCCUGCAGCUCUGCUGUUUACCAGCAACCUAGCUGAUUGCUUCAAACAGCGAUUCAAUAUAUAUGUGGCAGUGAGUAGAGCCUUAAGAUAUAGCAGCAGAAUUAGACCCUUUGGCCCAUUGAGUUUGCUCUGCCAUUUCACCUUGAGUAAUCCAAUUUUCUUUUCAACCGAAUCUCCUACCUUCCCCCAUAUCCCUUCAGUCCGUGACCAAUCAAGAAUUUUCGACCUCUGCCUUAAAUAUGCAUAAAGACUUAACUUAGCCUCCACAACUGCCUUUGGCAAAGAAUUCCACAGAUUCACCACUCUGGUUAAAGAAAUUCCUCCUCAUCUUCGUUCUAACAGGGCACCCCUCUAUUCUGAGUCUGUGUCUUCUGGUCUUAGACUCGCCAACUAUAAAUGUGAGGUGCUACAUUUUGGUAGGACUAAUCAAAAUAGGACAUACAUGGUAAAAGGUAGGGCAUUGAAGAAUGCAGUAGAACAGAGGGAUAUAGGACUAAUGGUGCAUAGUUCCCUGAAGGUGGAAUCUCAUGUGGAUAGGGUGGUGAAGAAAGCUUUUGGUAUGCUGACCUUUAUAAAUCAGAGCAUUGAGUAAGGAGUUGGGAUGUAUUGUUGAAAUUAUACAAGGCAUUGGUGAGGCCAAAUUUGAAGUAUUGUGUACAGUUCUGGUCACCAAAUUAUAGAAAAGAUGUCAAUAAAAUUAGAGAGAGUACAGAGAAGAUUUACUAGAAUCUUACCUGGGUUUCAUCACCUAAGUUACAGAGAAAGGUUGAACAAGUUGGGUCUUUAUUCUUUGGAAUGUAGAAGGUUGAGGGGGGACUUCAUAGAGAUAUUUAAAAUUAUGAGGGUGAUAGAUAGAGUUGACGUGGAUAGGCUUUUUCCAUGGGAGGGUGGGAAGAUUCAGACAAGAGGACAUGAGUUGAGAGUUAAAGGGCAAAAGUUUAGGGGUAACAUGAGGGGGAACUUCUUUACUCAGAGAGUGGUAGCUGUGUGGAACGAGCUUCCAGCAGAAGUGGUUGAGGCAGGUUCGAUGUUGUUUAAAGUUAAAUUGGACAGCUAUAUGGACAGGAAAGGAAUGGAGGGUUAUGGGCUGAGUGUAGGUCGGUGGGACUAGGUGAGAGUAAGAGUUCGGCACGGACUCGAAGGGCCGAGAUGGCCUGUUUCCAUGCUGUUAUUGUAUAUGGUUAUAGGAAACAUUCUCUCCACAUCCACUCUAUCAAGGAUCCACUCUACCAUUCAAUGGGUUUCAAUGAGGUCACCCCUCAUUCUUCUGAAUUCUAAUGAAUACAGGCCCAGAGCCAUCAAACGCUCUUCAUAUGAUAAGCCAUUCAACCCUGGAAUAAUUUUUGUGAACCUCCCUCGAAGUCUCUCCUUUGA